UUUUUUUUUGUUUGUUUUAAUUUAGGUGAAGCUGCUCAUUUAGCUCGUGAUUUUCAUUAUGUAUGUGAUCAAGAAUUUCCAGCACGUCAAUGUGCUGAACAUAUUAAUCGCCAAUAUAAUACAACACAUCAUUUACAAGAACCGUGUGGUAUUACAAAACGAAAACAAAAUAUUCUUGCUGCAAAACAAUUAAUUAAAGAAUUUACUGAUUUACUUUCACAAGAUCGUUCACCAUUAGGUACAAAUAGUCGUUUAGCACCUGUACUUGAUCUAUCAGUGCAACGACAUUUAACACAUUUUUCAUUAGUUACACAUGGUUUUGGUACACCAGCUAUAGUCGGUGCAAUGUCAGCAUUACAAAAUUAUUUAACAGAAAUGAAUAAAACAUUUGACAAAACAACAUCAACAUCAUCAUCAUCAUCGAUCGACAAUAAAAAAGAUACUGAUCUCUUACAUACGAAAACUUCAUAG